AUGGAUUGGGUACGAGGAGAAUCAGUUGGUAGAGGAACCUUUGCAACCGUUCAUUUAGUUUUACCCAAAGGUAGUUCUAAUUCCACUCUAUUUCCUUCUCCGACAGCCGUCAAAAGCUCCGAGGUUUCAACCUCGUAUUCCCUCAAAAACGAGAGACAUGUUCUCGAUUGUUUAGGUUCCUGUCAGCAAAUCAUUCGUUGUUUUGGAGAUGAUUAUACCUUCGAGAAUAGUCACGAGUAUUACAAUCUGUUUCUUGAAUAUGCUUCUGCCGGUACUCUCGCCGAUCAAGCUAAAUUCCACGGUGGCCGGAUUCCAGAACAGAAUAUUCGCGGUUAUACCAGGUCAAUUGUUGAAGGGGAGGAACAGAGUAGGUUGGAAUGCAGGGGAACUCCACUUUUUAUGUCGCCGGAAUCAGUUAACAACGGGGAGUAUGAGUCGGCGGCGGAUAUUUGGGCACUUGGGUGUGCGGUGGUGGAGAUGGUGACAGGAAAACCAGCGUGGAGUUUGGAGAAAGAUUCGUCUAUGUGGUCGUUGUUGCUUCGAAUUGGUGGCGGAGAAGAAUCACCGAUGAUACCACAAGAUUUAUCAAAAGAGGGAAAAGAUUUUGUUGAGAAAUGUUUUGUUAAAGAUCCAAGAAAAAGAUGGACGGCUGAGAUGCUUUUGAGUCAUCCAUUUAUUGAAGAAGUGAAGAAUGGUAAUGAAGCAUCACCAAGAAAUCACUUUGAUUUCAAUGAUUGGGUUUCUAGUGUUAGUCGUUCAACUCCAAGUUCGCCGGAAUUUGAAGAGUCGUGCCAAAGGAAUUUUGAUGCUUAUUCUUUUUCGGGUGUGGAUCGCCUCCGGCAGCUUGUGACUGUUGAAGUUCCAGUGACUUGGUCGGAAUCAGACAGUUGGAUUAAUGUUAGGUGA